CACAAAUGAUAAAAACUCACUUCCUCUUUCUAAUGUUUCUUGCUUAAAUGGGUAUUCCAUGGAAUUGAUUCACACUCACUAUGUAGACCUAACUACGAGUGGGAUUCUUCUCUCUUCAUGAGAUGCUCAUUUAAGCAAGCAAUGUUAGUGAAUGGAACGAUUUAAUAUGGGUGUAUGAGUUUUGUCUUUUGUUAUGGUCUACCUUUUUAUAUGCUUAUGGAUACAUUUACAUUUACAUUUUCAUUUUUUUACGUGUCGUAUGAUUCAAGCCUUCCUUUAUAUCAUGGUCUUACAACACCAUGCACGUCUUCUCGAUUACUUUCCUAUACAGUUGACAUCAAUUCAUCAUUAGGGCAGAACACGUACUCUUCUUCCCCAAUUUAGACGCUUCUGUGAUCUGUCGUCAAGUUUAUUUUCUGUUGUCUUUAAAAAAAAUCUUUAACAUAAAGGAAGAAAAAAAAAAGUCGUUUUGGUUUGUUGGUUUAAUGAAUCAAAAGUUUGUUCCAUUUGAUCUAGGGUUCCUUCUUCUUUGUGACUCUGUUUUGAUUCCUUAGGGUUUUUUAAAAUUCGAGUUCUGUUUUUUUUUUUUUUUGGAGAAAAUGGGUGAUUUGGCUCAGCUUGCUCAGUCUGUGAUCUUAGGUUUAAUUGUUUCUUACCUCUUGGCCAAGCUCAUCUCGAUCGUCGUCACCUUUAAAGAAGACAAUCUCUUCCUUGCUCGCCACUCCGAACCGGAAUCGGAGGUUGACUCCGGCCGCGUCGAGUCUUCUACCGUCGGUGGUGAGGCGGAGCAGGGUAGCUCGAGAGGGGAAGACGAUGAUUGGGAAGGCGUAGAGAGCACGGAACUGGACGAGGCUUUCAGCGCUGCUACUCUCUUUGUAACUACAGCCGCCGCUGAUCGGUUGUCGCGGAAGGUGCCUGGUGAUGUCCAGAAGCAGCUUUACGGGUUGUAUAAGAUCGCUACGGAAGGGCCUUGUACUGCUCCUCAGCCUUCUGCUCUCAAACUUACUGCUCGUGCCAAGUGGCAAGCAUGGAGGAAACUGGGUGUUAUGCCCACUGAGGAAGCGAUGGAGAAGUAUAUUGAGAUUGUCACUCAGCUUUAUCCAACUUGGUUACACGGUGGCCUGAAAGCUGGAAGUAGAAAUGAUGCAGGCUCAAGCUCAGGAGGAACCAUGGGGACUGUUUUUAGCUCUUUGGUUUAUGAAGAGGAAUCCCAAAAUGAGUUGUAAGGAAGACUGAUGCCAUCGACGCGUUUGCUAGGGAAGGAGAAGUAGACAGAGAAGCCAUCGCCGAGUUCCUAGUGAAGCAGAAAGCUAACACAGCCUCUAAAGAUGAUGAAGGUAACUCCACCCCUCGAUCUCUGUGAAUCAGACUGGCCCUGGUUCCGAAGCAGACAGACUAAACACAAAAACUAACCGCGGAGAUGCCGCAUUGUAUAUGAUGAAGUGACUUAUUUAAAAGCUUUUUUUUCUUCUUUUAUUUUGACUCUCACUUACGAUGUCGUUUCCAACAGUGAAUCAAUUGGAUGUUUCAAAGUCUUGUCCUUUUUAAAUCUCUUCUUUUUCUUAUAUUACAACAACAAUCUUUUGCUGUAUAAAGAGGGUUUUUUCUUGUC